UACUCUGUUCCAUGAAGAUUGAUAGACAUUCACCCUUUCAUUGAUCACGAACACAGUCAUCACCGCAACCGAUUCCUACAUCUUCUUGCAUCUCGUCCGAGCUCUCCGUGUGGCUGUCAUAGAGAUACCUCUUCCUCCUUAUCAAACCCAACUGCGCAUGCGACUGACAAUGGCAUCCAUCCCUCUCCCUUAUAUAGCCUUCUUCCUGUGGAUCGAACCGUUCUCAACACUUGUUGGAGCAUUCUACGCCUGGUUGAAGCCUGGAACAUACCUGGAAUUGACGCAUGCGCAGUCGGCGCCAGGAAUUCUGGGUGUACCCGUCUCCACUGAGGUCGCGCUACGACAGCUAGGAAAUCUCUACGUCGCAUUUGCCAUCAACGAGGCUUUUGUGCUAAGAGCCACAACUGAUCUGAGAGUCUGGCGAACUCUCUUGCUCGGACUUUUGAUAGCGGAUUUUGGACAUCUAUACAGCUGCUUCCCACUCGGCUUGAACUACUACUAUGACAUCAAGAGCUGGAACUCGAUUGCUUAUGGCAAUAUUCUGUUCGUCUACUGUGGCGCAUUGACAAGGAUCUGCUUCCUGCUUGGGCUCGGUGUAGGAGAACGGAUCGCUCUAGGAGGACCAGUGAAGGCGAAAGCGAAAGCCAAAAAGUCCGUAAGAAUGAUCGCCGAGAGCGAUGCUGCGCCUGUGACACCUACGCAAAUGAACAAGACUCCAGCCCAGAGCACAAGGAGGAAGAGGCAGAACAAGUCCUCUUGAGGCAUAUACCUGGCGCUAGGGCUCGCUAUGCCAGCAGACAGACGGACAGCUCAAAAACAUAAAAAGCUGGCAAUCUUCUUGAGUCACCAGAAAAAGAGUAAGAGGCAUCACGAUGUCGAAUACCGAAUCAUCGUGUAUCCUAGAUGAUCAGUGUCUUUGUCUCUGGCAAAUUGUCCAACAGUCCUGUUAUGCCGCUCUCGAUCUCAAGCUUCGAGAAGCCAAAUCGACGAAAGACGGAAAGCGACUUUCAUGGAUACCAGGCGUCUUUCUUCAGCAGAACGAGAUGCGAGGUGCAAUAUCUGCCAGGUUGCCUUCCGUUCCUCCACGCUAUUUGAAGCUUCUGUUAACAGUCGGCCGAAUGAGGCAAUCUUCGUGCUACCGAAGCAGUUCCUGCCAAGGGCCCUUGGAUAUGAGAGGUCACCACAAUCACCGCUGCGGCGUGGGCAGAUGGACUUCACAACUUAGGAAACGCUGUCAGACAGCCCAACCAUGAUGGCGAAGUCUGAUAGUAAUUAUGAGACGGACGGUAUCCCCGCUUAAAGUACCAGAUGGGAGAAAAAGGUCGAUCCAGACCAGCGCAUCGUCGAUGCGAGAACUUCUGGCUGCUAGCAACUCGUAUUUGUCGCCUGAUUCACAAGGUUCUGCUUGACGGAAGCCUCAACAUCGACAAGAUUGAUUCAACACGCUGUCCACGCGUCGAAUAACGAUGGUGAUUCGAGAGUAAAUGGUUGCUUUACUUCAGAUAUACAGUCACAUUUUGCAACAGGCGUGGGAUUUUCUUCUUUUUGGGUUGUGAAAUAAAUAGUAGCCGUAUCAACAAUUGACCAUAUCCGC